GAAGAGGGAGGGAAGAUGGCGGACGGGUUGGGAGGCCAAGGCGAGAGGGGUGCGGCCCAGAGGCUGGUGUCCCUGCCCUUGUCCCGCGUCCGGGUGAUCAUGAAGAGCUCCCCCGACGUGUCCAGCAUCAACCAGGAGGCCCUGGUGCUCACCGCCAAGGCCACGGAGCUCUUCGUUCAGUAUCUGGCCACCUAUUCCUACAAACACGGCAGCGGGAAAGAAACAAAAUCCCUCACCUACAGCGACUUAUCCAACACGGCCGAUGAGUCGGAAACAUUUCAGUUUCUCGCAGAUAUAUUACCAAAGAAGAUUUUAGCUAGUAAAUACCUAAAAAUGUUAGAGGAGAAGGGAGGAGGAGAGGGAGAGGAGGAAGACGAAGAAGCGGCAUCCUAAGGACGCAGCCCCAUUUCAAAAAACUCACCUCGCUGGCGCCGUCUCCCCACGCACCCUGCUUCUGGCUCAGUGUGUCUCGUCUCUCGCUUCUCCAAGAAAGACUCCAGCCGGGAUCAUUUCUUCUUCUUUUCUGGCUAAAACCUGGCACGUACUAUGGUUUGGGUCCUGGGCAGUGGCCUGAAAUGGGUGAGGCGGCGGGGGCCCUUCAACACAGCAGCAGCAGCCCCGGGCAGCCGACCCCUCAGCGUUAAGGGAAAUGGGGCUGGCCUUUCCCUUAACCCGUGCAAUUUUGAGUGUCCUCUGAGUACUUCUCAAACUGAAGUCAUUGUUACGUGUGUGUAUUCUGGACUGUCUUUCUUGGAGCGGCAUCUGCCUUACCAGUUAAGCAGCUGAAGGGGGCAUGAACUGGAUCCUACAGUACCAGGUUCUGUAUAACAAGAAAAUGUAAUUUUGCUGUUGGACAAAAAUGAAUAUUUUUUUAACUGUACAGUAUAAUUUUUGCCAUUUUUGUAUUUUUUAGAGAUGGUGUAUAAUAGUUUCUUUCCAAUAAAAUGUUUGGUAAAAUGAGA